AUGGCUAGUGUGGAACAAUUAGAUGUGGGUUACAAUCAAUUUACUGGUGUUAUCCCAGAAGCUAUUUGCUUGCUUCCAAACCUCCAAAACUUCACAUACUCCCACAAUUACUUCACUGGCGAUGCACCCUCGUGUUCCGUCUCGGCCGGGGCCGGUAAGGUUAUCGAUGGAUCUCAAAAUUGUAUCAUUGGUGAGGCGAAUCAAAGGUCCGCUGAGGAGUGUGCCUCACCAUUGGCUACACCCGUUGAUUGUUACUCAUUUGGUUGUAUUAAGAAGCCUGUGUAUACGCCUUCGCCAUCAUAUACUCCUACCUAUUCACCACCACCUUACACUCCAACUUACUCACCAUCGCCGUCUUACACUCCAACUUACUCACCAUCGCCGUCAUACACACCACCUCCAACUUCUUUCGGUGGAGCAUCGUCAGGGUCAUACUCACCGUCUCCGUCGUACACACCAUCACCAGGGUACAACACACCGUCAACUCCAAGCUAUAAUACUCCUUCCCCAUCAUACCAACCACCAACACCACCAACCUACACUCCUUCACCAGAUUACUACUACUCCUCACCUCCACCACCGUCAACACCGUCUUACAACACUCCCAAUUAUCCACCUUCAUCAUUACCCCCACCACCACCACCCGCCUCAGGGUACACUCCUUCCCCUGCAUACUCAACACCCCCUCCAGUAGGAUACAAUAGUCCAUCCUGUGUUUUCCGCUAUUUUCUGGUGAAUGAAAUAGAAUUUUUAGCUGUUUUCUCUUCUUCCGCCUGCUUUUCUAUCUUUGCCUUUGGCUGUCCUCUUUCUGAACUUUUUCUAAAUUUGGCUAAGUACAAAGCUUCGGCUAAGAGUUUUUCAGCUAAAAACACUUGA